UGCCGCGCAUGCGCGAAGCCAAGUGCGAUCGAGAUUCGAGAUUAUUCGAGACAAGUCGGCUUUUUGUUUUGGUUAAAUCCGUAAAUCGGGCUCCGGCUGGAACGUUUACUCCAUAUUUUCAGCUUCUCGUUCGAAUUCAGACUUAAUUGAGCUUAACUCCUGCCUGGCGUGGAUAAUGUAGAAUGCCCGUUCUCGUCUGGAUGACGUAAAUAAUCGCAAAGAUAGCAGACCCAAGUGCUCCGAUCAGUCUAACCUAUCAGGAGAGAAAAUGUUCAAUCAGAGCAACUCGUUGAGGACGGCGACGUCGAAUACGUCGAAUCCUAUGCAAGACUUCGAGGUUAUCUCGCCGCCGGACGACUCGGUCUCCAGUCUGGCGUUCAGCCCGGCGUCCAUACCGCAAAAUUUCCUCGUGGCCGGCUCCUGGGACUGCAACGUUCGCUGCUGGGAGGUAGAGCAGACCGGUAAAACGGUACCGAAAUCCAUGCAGAGUAUGGCAGCGCCGGUCCUGGACGUUUGCUGGAGCGAUGAUGGAACCAAAGUAUUCAUGGCGGGUUGCGACAAGACGGCAAAGUGUUGGGACCUGGCUACGAAUCAGAGCGUACAGGUAGCGGCUCAUGACGCGCCUAUUAGAACGUGUCACUGGAUAAAGGCGUCCACGUAUUCUUGUCUAAUGACUGGUUCCUGGGAUAAGACGCUAAAGUUUUGGGAUUUACGCAGUCCUAAACCUGCAAUGACCAUCCCUCUGCCUGAAAGAUGCUAUUGCGCGGAUGUUGACUACCCCAUGGCAGUUGUGGGAACAGCCGGACGCGGCUUAAUAGUUUAUCAACUGCAGGACAGCCCGCGCGAGUACAAACCCGUCGAGCUGAGUUUGAAGUAUCAGUACCGCUGCGUGGCGAUCUUCAGGGACAAGAAGAAGGCGCCGACCGGUUUUGCGAUUGGAAGCACGGAGGGACGUGUUGCGAUUCAUCAUCUAAAUCUCAGCUCAAAGGAGAACUUCACGUUCAAGUGCCACCGGACCAACGGCACACCUAAUGGAUAUCAAGACAUCUACGCGGUAAACGACAUAGCAUUCCACCCGGUACACGGCACCGUGGCGACCGUAGGCGGCGACGGUACUUUCGGAUUUUGGGACAAGGACGCACGUACGAAGUUGAAAUCCUCCGAGAUAAUGGAGCAGCCCAUCACCCGUUGCUGCUUCAAUCACAACGGCCAGAUAUUCGCGUACGCCGUUUCUUACGAUUGGUCCAAGGGUCACGAGUACUACAAUCCGGCGAAGAAAAACCAGAUCUUCCUGAGAUCGUGUUACGAGGAACUGAAACCAAAGGCCACGUCCUAAAGACGAUAUAUAGCAUUCGUCUUUAGAGCGAAGCUUUUGGGUGAAUCCAAUAUAACGUGUAAUUACAAGGGUUUUUUCGUUCGAUAAGACUAUACUAUUGAUACUUUUUUUUACUUAAAAACUGUUGGUAUGCAUGUAAUAUAAGAUAUAGUUAAUACAUAGUUACUCUUUGUAUAUAUACAGUUAUGACGAUUGAUACUGCGAAACAUGUUUUUGGUAUAUAACGUUGUCAGUUGUGUGAUUAAUAUUUAUCUUUCCACGUGAACAAUGCGAGAUUCCUUUGAAUGCCGAGAUAUUGACGGACGCGAUAGCAGAUUGCUGCGAUUAAUCGCAAAAUGAAUUCAUAUUUAAGUAAAAGGACCCUUUCUACAAAAUAUACAUUUUUCUAACAAAA